AAGACACUCCACUGCUGUUGCCUAGCUUACCACCUUUGCUAGCUAGUGUUUUCGUGGGAAAAAACACGAAAAAGAGGUAACGAGCUGCUCUCGCAUUCAUCAUGAAAUGCAGGCAGCUACGAUGGAUCCAGCGGAUGAGCCCCCAUCGAUGCUGUGGGGACAGGACCCAAUCUUUUCUGCCUUCGCCAGGCUGUUUGUCAGAGACAUUCUGCAGAUGACAGAGUCCACACAGGUUCCAGGUAUCUACUUCUACAACUUACAUCCAAUCUACAAAGUUGAUGUGCUUGGGACAGUGGUUUACAAGAGAGAAAGAGAGGACUUCUUCUGUUAUGGAGUGGAUGAUGGUACUGGUGUCAUAAACUGCCUAUGCUGGAAAAAUGACCUAUUGAAAGAGAAGGGGGAUCCUACUAAAUGGAGAAAGCACAGUGAUGGGGCUCAGGGAGGCUUCAACCCAGUCGCUGAGCUGGAGAAGCUGAGACAGGCCCAGCAGAGUCGCUGCCGCCUGGAGAUCGGAGAGCUGAUCCGAGUCAGAGGACCGGUGAAGACGUCGAGACAACAGAGAGAAAUCAUGGCCGGCACCUACUAUAAAGUCAACGACCCCAUGAUGGCGGUGCAGAUAGCGUGGAUGAUGGAGGUUCCUCAGCUCUACAGACAGUGCUAUGACAGAGCUUUCCGGCUGCAGUCUGUUGCAACGAGUGACUCAGACAUCAGUUCGCUCAGCAAGGCAAAGAAUAUCAUCAGGGAUUUCUUUAAGCAGAAGUCGGUGACCAGAUUCAGACCCUAUGAUGUUCAGGAUCUCCUGCAGCCUCUGAUCUCCAGCCAGCCUCAAACAGCAUCAGCAGACCAGGAGCCCGUGGCGGGUCCUUCUGCCUGCCAGCAGCUACGCCAGCUUCUGAAGGAGGCCCUGCAGACAUUACAGGACGAGGGUACAGUGUACCGCAAGGUCAUAUCCCAGGAUGAAGUCUAUCAUGUUACUGCACAUGACAAAGAUCUACUCAUAGCUGUCAAAGACAUUAUCAGGGAGGACUCAAAGAGAGAAAAGUAUGCGGAGAAGGGUUGCCACAUCCUGCACAUCCUGUCUGCAGUCAGGCAGCGCUACAGCAUCAACAUCAGCAAGGCGGCACUGGAGCUGGUCCUCAAAUCACUGGAGUGCAACAGUGACAUCGUCAGCACCAGCGAAAACCAUUACAUUGCGUUUUAACUUGAGCGCAGUGGGCUCUGGAACCCGGUUUUACUGCGUGUGCCAUGUGUAGUAUGGCUUAUUGCUCCAAAGUGUGAGCGCCCAAUAUGUUGGAGGGGAUCAUGCCAUUUCUAUUCCUUUGAGCAACAUCUUGUCAACAACAUGCCUAAGAAAAUGGACAUGAGGGAAGCUUUCAGGACCACUGUGCUCUCUACUGUUGUAAAUAUGGAAGAUAGCAGAAAUUUGUAAAUAAAUACAAAAUGAAUAAUGGACAAGGCAAUAAAGAUAAAGCUCAUGCAUUAUUGGAUUAUUCUGUGAGGGGGGCCUGUGGCAAAAAUGAGCCCCUGGGUCAUCCUUAUCAAACUGAUGCCUGCGACUGGCUGGCUAGACAAAUGACACUACAUGAGAUAGACAUGAGAGAUAGACAUUAGAGAAAAUUAGCAUGAAUAAUUAUACUAGUUAUGAUUAUUAUUAUGUCUGUCACCAUCAUUAAAUCAUGCUGCUAAUAUGCAACAUGCACCAAAAUGUGGUUGACACAAAGAAGAUAUGUUACUCAUAUCAAGUGUGUCACAUCAUGCAUUUCUGUCAGAGGUUAGGCCCCUGAUGCUUCAAACUGUUGGUUACUACAUUUCCCACAAUGCAACUUAAGAGCGUUUGUCUUUAGACUUCCCCUGACUGGUAAGCACUCAAGCCUUUCAAACUCCACGCCCAGGUUUGUCAUAGUGUCCAAGUCUGGGUCGCGAUAUCAUCAUCCUCAUCAUCAGGGUGUUUUUUCUUAGACUUUAGAGGGCCCCCUGCGGAGCUACUCAAAC